AUGGAAAUAUACAAACAGGAAAAUGAGGACCCUUUGCCGAAGCGCCUGAUUCAGCGUGACACAGAUGUGACCCACCUUCAUCUCAUCAGAAGAGGAUUGACUUACAUUCCUGAUUUGUCAAGGUUCUCCAUGCUGAGAUGCGUGUGGCUUAACAAUAACAAGAUCCAAGAGGUUUCCAGAGCUUCAUUUAACUGCUGCUUGACAGAACUUUAUCUACAGAACAAUGGCAUUCUCUCCAUUUCAGGGGCAUUGAGACACCUGACAUGUCUGCAAGUGCUGCUCCUAUUCAAUAAUCAGAUGAAGUGUCUGGAGGAGACCGUGUCAGAGCUGAAGAACAUGCAGGAGCUCCACACUCUCUGUGAGAACCUGAGACCACCAUCUCUCAUUAAGUCCAUCAACCAUUGCAUUCCCUACAGUCAUUCUGAUGAUCGAGAAAACCCAUCAGUGCCCAAAUCCAUCAUACAGUUCUCCAUUAUGAACUGGACCGGUACAAGCACGUCUCAGUGGAACCAUCUAGAUGACUCGAGCAAACCUGCGUCUGGUAUACUCACUGUCAAACUUAGAUGA